AUGAAGAGGGGAAAUCUCCGCAAGACGUCCGCCCUGUCCUUCGAUGACGAGGAUGAGGCGGAUCAGGAACCUUUGGCGCGUGACAGGAAGCUGACCGAAGAGGGCGCUGCCCCCAGUGGGUCGGACGCCGAGGCGGACGACGAGGACCGGGGACGAAUGGUGUUUGGCCUGGGCACGCGGAGCGAUGCCCCAGGACAACUCGCGGCGCUGGCCGCCGCGGGCGCCACGGCGCUGGCCUCGCUCAGGGCGGCGGUGGAUGAUGGCCGCGCGCGCGCGCUGGCGGCAGCUAAGCAGCGCGACCGGACCGCCGCCGCGCUGCGCACCGCCGUCGCCAGCGUGGAGACCCUGCGCGCCGACCUGGACCGCGCCUCUGAAAAGUACGUGGACGUGCAGCGCAUGCGCGCCUACGCAGCCGACCUGAAUGCGGGGGCCUGGGCGCGGCAGGAGGCGCAGCGCAAGGCCGAGGCCGGCGACGCCGCGCUGGAGCGGCUCGUUGCCGCGCUGCCGGGCUCCGGUGUGAGGGAAGCAGGGUCGACAGGCAGCCCCGACCCCGAGCUGGAGUUCCACGGGGCCACCUCCAGCGAGUCCGAGGGGGACGUGGACGAGUAUCGGAACACGCGCGACAAGAUCCUGCAGGCAGGCUGGGGCCUUGAUUUUCAUAUUUUUGUUGAGGACAUCGGGGAGAUCGUGGUGCAUGCCGCAGACACGCUCUUCCUGGAUGCUGCAGAGCCGUACGGCACGCUGCGCGCGGUCCGCGCCGAGCUGGACGGCUGGCGGCGGCGCCAGCCGGCGGCCUACCGCGAUGCCUACGUCGCCGCUGCCGCGCCCGCGCUCUUCGCGCCCUGGGUCCGACUGGAGCUGCUGGCCUGGGAACCCCUGGACGCGCGCGCGCCCUUCACCGACCUGGCCUGGUACUCCCAGCUCUUCACUUUCGGGCAGGGGGAUGAACAGGAGGGGGCGGCUGGGGAGGGUGGGCCCGCGGCGACGACGACGAACAACGAGGACGACCUCACAGUCCCCCGCCUGGUGUCCAGCCUCGUGCUGCCGGCUGCGCGACGUGCGCUGGCGCCCGGCGCCUGGUCGCCGCUAAGCGUGCGCCAGUCACGUGGCGCGGCUGCGCUGCUGGCCGCGCUGGAGGACCACCUGCCGGGGGAGGAGGCGGCGGUGGCCGAACUGAACGCCGGCCUGGCCCUGGACCGGCUGCUGGCUGGGGCGCUGCUGCCGGCGGUGAGCGCCACUCCAGCCAUCACCCCCGCGCUCGCCGCCGAGCGCGGGGCGAGGAUGGCGGGCGCGCUCCUGCCACCCUGGAUCCAAGCCGUGCCCAGGCACCCCGCCGUCGCAGCGCUGGGCGAGAACCUGGAGGCGCUGCGGGCGCGGCAGGGGGAGGGCGAGGCGGAGGCGCGGGCCCGGCUGGAGACGGCGCUUGGGAUGCUGGGCGCGUAG